AUGACGUUAGAACCACUAAGAAAUGACUUGAUUCCAUUCUUAAACCCUUACUUACCCCGGCUGGAAACGGACUCAACCCGGAAACAACCCUUUAUCACAUUGACAUAUGCACAAUCGCUAGACUCUCGUAUUUCAAAGGGAAAAGGUUUGAGAACCACAAUUUCACACCCAGAGACCAAGACUAUGACCCAUUACCUUCGAUAUCAUCACGAUGCGAUUCUCAUCGGCUGCGGUACAGCCUUGGCAGACGAUCCAGGUCUCAAUUGUAAAUAUGCUCCAGAUGGACAAGUAUUAUCCGCUGCCAAUUCACCAAGACCUGUUAUCCUUGAUCCCCAUGUGAAAUGGAAGUUUAAAGGUUCCAAAAUGGAACAGAUUUUUAUGUCUUCAGGCGGGAAACCUCCCAUUGUCAUUGUUAACCGUUUGCCAGAGCCCAAAGAUCAAGAAAAGCAUGUCACGUAUUUACCAAUGGAUGUUUCUCCUACGUCUGGCAAAUACGGUUGGAAAAUGAUCUUCGAGAAGCUAUACAUGCAGUUCAAUUUAAAAUCAAUUAUGGUUGAAGGUGGUGCCGUUGUCAUUAACGACCUUUUGGCUACAAACACACUAGUGGACUCACUCAUCAUUACCAUUGGAGCCAAGUACCUCGGAUCCCAAGGUGUCGAAGCGAGUCCCUGGUGUGGAGAAUUAGCCCUGCAAGAUAUUUCAUGGUGGAAGGGCACUUGUGAUGUCGUCCUAUGUGCCCGACCACCUUCAACCGCCGAUUGA